GGAAGCACGUUUUUGACGCUCGGGACCACAACUUUUAGAAACUACUCUGGUCAGAUGAGUCAAUCUGCUUACAAGCGUGCAGUGAAUAUCUUUCUUCCCAUGAUGGGCUUUGCAGCGGGUUGGGGUGUGUUUAUGUAUCUUGAUCAGAAUAAUCUUCUUUCCUCAGGACUACAGUGCUGGCUCAAGACAAAUCAAUUGAAGAUGCGACUGCAUUUACAGUCUCUACUUCCCACAAAUUUUGUGGAGAAGUACUGUUAUUCAGAAUCAUUUCUGCGAGACGCUAUUUCGCAUCUAGAAAAGGAAGGUGCUCAGCAACCAACGCAAAAUCGUGUGACCUUUGACGAAAUUCUCAGCCAAUGCGGCGUGAAGCAGCAGAUCCUCUACUUGGAGGAGCACGCUAUGGAAGAUAUUCCAUACUUUUACAUAGCGGAUGUUUUCCAUUCAUGGGCGAAUAUUCACAAACGCGCCUUUUUGAACCACCCAUCUCAUUUGAAUGAUUCAGGGGAUGUCAAGCAGCGCGAGCAUUUCGCUUCCUUGCCAGCGCCCGGUGAUGUUGCGGCCUUUGAAUCCCAACGAUUGUGUGAGGCCUUGCGGAGAAAGGUUGAGGAUGGCGUCAUCCCCUUCGACGUCGGUGUUCGGGCGCUCUGCGUGCUCGCUGUUCGCGGCAAACAGAAUGCCCGGUGGAUGCUCCGACAAGGCUUUCUGAGCGAUCUCCUCCGGGGCUAUGAAAGGUAUCAACAGCGUCUAAACGACGGCGUGGCGAGUGAUCCUGGUGAGGUGAUUCCCCCUUACGAGGUGACGGCGGCGAUGGUGGCGUUGAUUAAGGCCCUCCACGACGCCAGCGGGCGUUUCCGCUGGUUUGUGAUCCCCGGCGACGCCUAUCCUUUAGCGCGGGGCGUCGACGUCGAGCAGUGGUGCCGGUUGUUCUUUCCCAUAAACAAUACGCAGACGCUCACGCACGCGAGCGAACCUGCCCUCGCUCUCGUCGGAGCGAUGUGCGAGAAGCUGAAGUGCCCGGAAAGGAUUCACGGAGGGGCCGUAGCGUCGGAUUUUUAA